ACAUUCUGCCUGGUUGUCAUGGCUCAGAAGGGUUCAGGUGGCUCAGAUGCCGCAACACCUAAUACUACGACGACGUCGGCCACCAAAGGCACCGCUGAGAGCAAGCAAUCUUCUAAUGCACCCUCAUCCGGUCCAUCGACGUCGUCGUCGUCAUCUGCAUCGGUUCUGCCCAAAAUGUCAGAUCCCGGUCCACCACAAGCCAUGGGAAGUCCAGCGUCAGAAUCGACGACAAAGUCGACUUCGACUGCCAAGGACGCGACGGCCGGAACAACGGCAUCUCCUUAUGGCACGCGAUCCCGCAACAGGGGCGGCAACUCUCGUCCCAAUUACGCAGAGGACAAAGACAUGGAUAUGGACAUUUUUGAGCAGUUGCAUCCUCAGAAGCGGGAUGACGACAGCAAGAAGACGUCGCGCCAAAUAGCAUCUUCGUCAGCCACCAACACUGGCGACACACACAACACACCUCCGCCACCACCUCGCACCACCAACGGGUCGUCGUCCAGAAAGCCGUUGCCCAUGGACAACAAGCAGUCCCAGGCUGCAGCCGCCAAAGAGUCAUCGUCAAAUGCUAACCAGGCAACCGGCGCUGGAUCAACUGGAUCCACCCAGACCACCUCGAAAAAGCGAAAAGCUGCUUCACAAACUAGCAGUAAUCAGCCACCAGCGGCGGAAUCGACGCACGUGCCAUCCAACGCCAAGAAGCCCAGUAAUAAUAAUCACAACAGCAACGCUGCAUCGAGCCACGGCGCCGACAAGGGAUAUGCUGCUACUAAUUUGCUCACUUUCGAAAACUGUGGCGCGCGGCCCAAGGAUGGCAAAUUGAUUGCUGACGAUGGCACAUAUCUUGAAGUCAAUGACCAUGUCUACCUGGUUUGCGAGCCCCCGGGCGAACCCUAUUAUCUCGCCAGGAUUAUGGAGUUUCUACACGCAAAGAACGACCCUUCGCAACCGGUAGAUGCUUUGCGUGUAAAUUGGUACUACCGUCCAAAAGAUAUUGCCCGUAAGGUGAACGAUACUAGGGCGGUUUUUGCCACCAUGCACUCGGACAUUAGCCCUUUGACAUCGCUCCGCGGGAAAUGCACAAUCAAGCACAAGGCAGAGAUCAAGGGCAAGCUCGAGGAGUACCGCAAAAAUCCGGAUUGUUUCUGGUUCGAGAAACUCUACGACAGGUACAUACAGAAAAACUACGAGGUGAUCCCGACGUUUCAGAUCAUCAAUGUGCCCGAAAAGGUCAAGAAAGUCCUCGAUGAGAGGUGGAAAUACAUCCUGGUCGAACAGGGCCGGGGCAAGGAGCUCACCAGCGCCGUCAAGACGUGCAGAAGGUGCUCUGGCUAUUGCGCAAGUAAUGAUUCUGUCGACUGCGCUGUAUGUGAGCACACGUACCACAUGAACUGUGUGCGACCACCCCUGCUCAAGAAGCCAUCACGUGGCUUCGCCUGGUCCUGUGCCGCCUGCAGUAGAGCCCAGGAGCGCAAGCUGGAGGCUCGCAAUACGCCAAAUGUCAGCCUGGAUCCAAAUGCAGAGGCCGAGGAGGAGGAGUUUUUUGACGAGGAAGAGGAGGAUGCUGGCCUCGACACCGGCCGCACCAGUCCCGCUGAUGGCGCCAACGAUAUGCACAUCCCUGCAACCGAGGAGCAGAUGUAUCACGCCAGCCUCUGGCCAUAUCGCUAUCUGGGAAUUCACUGCAAGGUUGAGGACGCCCUCGAUUACGACGAUCGAAUAUAUCCCCGUGCAUCGACUCGUGUUGGCCCGAGACAUCAAGCGACGGUGCUCGACUGGCCCGGCCGACCUGUCCAAUACGUCAAGGCUCCCGAAAUCGAAAUCAAAAAGACGGGUCGCAAAGAUGGGAAGUUGAACAAGGAAGCGCAAGCUGCCCUCGAGGCCGAAAAAGUCGCCAAGGCCAAACGCCCCAAGUGGAUCCAGGAUGAGCCCCCUGGCUACGUGCCCCGGGGCGAGGACUACCCCAAUGACGAUCCCCGAAAUACCGCUCAGCUCCACUGGAAACCCCCUGAGCUUGGACACCCGGAGGAAUCAGGACGGGAAGAUGCGCCUAUUUCAGAAGCGGAGAUUGACAAGUAUAUGGAGGAAGCGAAAGCAAUGGCGCUGGAUCUUGACCUCCCGGAGCACUCUACGAAUUUGCUGGAUCAGGCACUCCGACUUCUUUACGAACACGGCUACGAUGUGGAUCGUGCACUGGAAGAACUCCCCAAGCUGAGUAAGGAGGCUUUCGACGAACCUCAGCUCACGGCCGCCGAGCUCAAAAAGUUCGAGGAAGGCAUCUCCAAGUUUGGCUCAGAGCUUUAUAGCGUCAAGAAACACGUCAAGACGGUCAAACCAGGGACCCUCGUACGUUUCUACUACACAUGGAAGAAGACGGAGCGCGGAAAGCAGGUGUGGGGCAACUACUCUGGCCGCAAGAGCAAGAAGGAGGCCAAGGAAGCCAAGAAAGCGGAGACAGCCUCGCAGAAUAAAAUGCAGGACGACGUCGCAGACGAUCACGAUGACUCAGCUUUCGACGCCGCCAAGGCCGCGGAAAAGAAACGGUCUUUCAUUUGCAAAUUCUGCAACACCAAGAACUCGCGACAGUGGAGACGCGCGCCAAAUGCAUCAGGGGCUUUGGUCACAGAGAGCGGGGGCAAAGGUGCCAACAAGGACAAGGGCGUCCAGUAUGUUGUGGCAUUAUGCCGAAGGUGUGCUGAGCUCUGGCGCCGCUACGCCAUUCAGUGGGAGGAUGUCGACCAGCUCUACAGCAAGGUGGCACAGGCCGGCGGCCGAGCAUGGAAGAAGAAGAUAGAUGAGGAGCUGCUCAAGGAGAUCGUCGCCGCUGAGCAAAGAAGCAAGAACACGCCGAGCAGUAGUGGUGCGGCCACGCCGCCAUCGAACACCACGCCCGCCCCCGUUUCCACUCAGCCAGCAGCUUCGGGUCAAGAACCGGCGCGGAAGAAACAGAAGAUAACGCAGCCGCCCCAAGACAAGGAUGUCGAAAUGACUGGCACGGAGCCUGUCAGCACAACGACAACGGCACCCGCAUCCAAGAAAAAGGAAAAAGCCAACAUCGAAAAGGAGAAGGAGAAGGAGAAGGAAAAGGAGAAAGAGAAAGAGCCUGUCAAAGAAAAGAAGGAAGCGCCAGCUCCUCCCCCUGUUCCGGAGAUACCCAAGCCGCGAACGAUGCCAUGCGCUAUCUGUCGGCAGCUGGAACCUCUGGGCGACCAGCAUCUUACGUGCAAAGAAUGUCGCAUGACGGUGCAUCGGAACUGCUAUGGCGUCGUCGACAAUCGCAACCCUGGGAAGUGGGUGUGUGACAUGUGCAUUAACGACAGAAGUCCGCAUGUCUCCAUUCAUUACAAAUGUGUCUUGUGUCCUGUUGAAUAUACCGAGCACGACUUUGUGGAACCGCCAAAGAUAUCUCACAAAAAGAAGACGGAAAAGGAUCGCGAACGCGAGCGCCAAGAACGCGAGGCCGCCGUCAACGCUGCAGAAUAUUAUCGGAAACGCCAGGAAGAGCUGAACCGCCCGGUCAACCCUCGGGAGCCGCUGAAGCGAACAGCCGACAACAAUUGGGUCCAUGUCACUUGCUCGGUGUGGACGCCUGAAGUCAAGUUUGGCAAUGCCAAAGCUCUCGAGCCCAGCGAAGGCAUCCCGUCUAUCCCAAGAUCCAGGUACUCUGAGGUUUGCGAGGUCUGCAAAUCUACGGAUGGUGCAUGCACGAACUGUCCUCAGUGCAAGGCAUCAGUACAUGUCGAGUGCGCCCAUCAGUCAGAUGACUACGUCCUAGGUUUUGAGAUCACUCCUGUAAAGGGAUCACGGCGAGAUCAACACAACAUCGUGACUAUUGGCGGUGAGAGCGGCUCCAUGAGCGCAUCUGUGUGGUGCAAGCUUCAUGCACCGAAGAAGACGGUUGUGCAUCAAAUGUACGAUGCGGUCGACGAAGCGGGAACGAAUGCUUUGCAACUCUACGUGCAGAACUUCAAGAAGGCAGAUCUUACUCUUACUGGCUGCGCACGAAAGGCCAACUUGAUUAGCACUGCUGCGCGCAUGUCCAACCCGAUAGUGACGACAACUACGGCGGCGAAUCGCAGAGCAUCGACUACGACGGUUCCGACAACCACCCCUUCAGCAAUGCACAUCCACAGCCUCCUCAACGGGGAUAGCCCUGGAGACCCCCACGACCUCGCAGUCCCAGGUGGCAAGAUAUGUAUAACAUGCGGAGUCGAUGUCAGCCCUCGAUGGUAUCCCAUCAGCGAUACUCACGAGCGGGAGCUUGCAAACGGUCACUAUGGUAGUCUCGGCACGGAGGCGCAGAAGUUUGCCGAGCAGCGACAUUUCCAGUGUCACAAAUGCAAGAAGCUCAACAAGCAACCCAAGUCUCAUGUGCCGCCGCCGCCGCCGCCACAAGACCCUCCGCCGGUUGCUGCGAACACUAUCAGUGCCCAAGGACCUGAAGCAACAGCACAUUCGGCAGCUGUUAUGACGAACGGCAUAGAUCACGGUCCUAAUGGCGUUGACGCGAUUCGUCGGGGCACACCACCUCUGACUAGCCCUCGCCAGCCAGAACACGAUCAUAUACCGGGGAGGCCCAGUCCGUACCUAUGGCAAUCCGGACUUCAGGCUCCGCAUCCGACCGGCUUGGCGCACCCUCCGGUCCCCAUACAGGGCCCGCCACCGCCAAUGCAGGCACCCCCUCUACAGCCGCCGCCGAUAGCUCCGCCACCAAUGGCACGUAGCAUGUCAGGCCGCGGUCAAUCUGGUGUACAGCCUCCAGUGCCGGUACCACCCUCCCAAGCAUAUCAACCGUUGCCACCGCCGCCUCCGCCUCAUUCGGCAGCAUCUGGCCCAUACGGCGAUUGGCAUCGGACCACCCAUCACGGACCUCCAAUGAACGGUGGUCCUCCGUCACGUGCAUCGCGAAUUUCCCCGAUCAUACCGCCGUUGGCGCCACCAGCUCUUCGUCCACCAUCUCUCCACCAUUCGCCUCAUGCUCCUCAUGCGCACCUGACCAACGGACACAUGGUCAACGGCGCGGGUGCACCAGGAAGACGAUUAAGCGGGCCGCCGCCGCCGCCAUCGCGGGAGGGUCAGGCCCCGUACAUGGGAAGCUAUCAUUCUCCGGCCCCAUACCAUAGUCCAGCGCCGCACCAAAGCAACGGGACAAUCGUGCCGCCUCGUAUAGAUCACGCAUUUGCGUCAGUUCUCAACCCUCCGAGAGCAUAUGGGAACAGCGGUAGCGUGCAACCGCCUGCGCAUAUGGGCACUGUGGCUAGGGACGCUCCUCUCUCUAGGGAUGGACCACUUCUUCCCCAGCCGCCGCCACCGGCUAGGGCACCUGAGACGAGACCUGCAACAGGUGCCAGCGCCAGCCCUUCGUUGCGAAAUCUACUGUCUUGA